UGCUUCACUGAUAAUACAAUAUACGUCAACCAACAGAAAACCCUAUGUUUUUAAAAUGAGAAAGGGAUGCAGUUGUUUCGCAUACAGCAGUUCUCUAAAACUACUUUUGUCUGGCAGCACUGACGGUACAGUCAGAAUAUGGAACCCAGUUAUCGUUUCCAAAGCUACUGCUAGCAUUCAAGGUCACGAAGUGGGAGUUGUUGACUUGCAAAUUUUUGAAAACCAAAGGGUAUUCCUAUCCUUUGAUAAGAAUGCAGUUUUAAAGGUAUGGAACUUAGACGAACACAAAUGCUUACAAGUCAUAGAAUUAAAAUUCCCUUGUUUCCAAAUUCUGGGCAAAUCCAUUGAGUUUGGAAUAAGCUCGAUAUAUCCAGGUCCCAAAAGAAACACCAAAGACUUUACGAUCCAAUACUUCGACAAGGGUGCGACUUGCUUCAGUUUGGACGAUGUUGAGGAAAUGUCAGAGGAACGUACCACAUCAGAUGGAGUAAAUACCAGCAUAUGGGAACGAUCUCAUAUAUUAGCGACAUGCUGCAGCUAUAUUGCAAAGAUUAACUUAAUUUUUGAAGAUGUUCACGUGGAAUCUACAUUUGAGUUACCCAUAUAUCCUCCACCGCCAUUGCAGAAUAGCGUAUUGGUACCAUCUUCAUGGAACAUCCAAGAUAAAAGAGAUACCGUUUUUAACACCAGGUCAGUUACAAGCAUCUUGAAGAAUCAAUCAACAGAAAUGAAAAGAUACGCUUGGGAAACAUCCGGAAACUGCCCAAAUUUAUUUAGGUAUUUUUAG